ACGGCGCGCUCUUCUCCACCACGCCUCCUGCAGGUCCUAGCGAACUCCUCUGCGGCUGCCCACCGCUUCGGCUCGCGAUGGAUCCCAACUGCUCCUGCGCCGCCGCGGGUGACUCCUGCACCUGCGCCAACUCCUGCACGUGCAAGGCGUGCAAAUGCACCUCCUGCAAGAAGAGCUGCUGCUCCUGCUGCCCGCCGGGCUGCGCCAAGUGUGCCCAGGGCUGCAUCUGCAAAGGGGCAUCGGACAAGUGCAGCUGCUGCGCCUGACGCCCCCAGAGCCCGGCUCCCAGAUGUAAAUAGCGCGACGUGGAGAAGCCACCACCUGCAAUCCUGACCUGUUUGCCACAUUCCUUUUGGUAUAAAAUAUAUGAAUGACAAUAAAAGUCAUUAACUUUA